AUAAUUAUUUUCUCCUUGUUAUGUUGUAUUUCUCUGAGAAAUAGAAAUAUUAGAAUCGUAACUUUUAUUUGCAAGUAUAAUUGAGUAUGAUUUCAAUGCUAUGAGAGAGAAAUAUUACGAAUAAAAUAUUUACGUAUUUAAAGAAGUCAUUAUUUCUUUCGAAUUUCAAACUAAAAACUAUAUUUUACCACAAUCAUUGAUACUCGAUCAACAGUGUUACCAACGUUACUUUGUUUUCGAUAUUGUUGCCUAAAUGUCAACAACUCUAACCUCGAUAGAGUUCGUUUUCUAUCAUACCAAAUGAACAUAAUCGACGUAGAAAAUUAUCAGAGAACGGUUGACAAUCUUAAAUGUCACAAAAAUGUGCGAUUGCCCUGCGGAUAAAGAGGAUGAUAGCAGAAAGGUCCCGGAGACAGUGACGCUUUUCAAAAAAUGUGCAAAAUCGUACCGUCCAACGAAAGACAUAACCGAACCACCGAGCUGUGACACAAUUUCGGAUAAAGAUAUCUGGAGUACUGUGGAUUCUUCGCAAUCGGAUCAUAGAUGUACGAUCUACGGAUCCCCAAAAGGAUCACAGUCGAGCUCAAAUAGUUUUAGCACUGGUUCCAAAGUGUACAAGUUCGUCGAUUCUGGGGAAUGCGAGUGUCUCGGAGAAGCCGAAGAAGAACCAUGGCAUCCACCGAUAUUCAGAUACGAGCCCUGCGUCGAGGAAGAGGAAGUCGAAGAAAGGCCAGACAUCGAGUGCACGUUGGCAAUUAUAAAACCAGAAGCAAUAAUCUAUAGAAAACAAAUCGAGCAACGAAUAUUCGAGGAAGGCUUCGAGAUUUAUCAAACACGAUGGCUACAGCUCACGCCAGAACAGGUGUCCGAGUUUUACUCGGAUAAAUAUGGACAGCUAAAUUUUGCACAUCUUGUUGCCUAUAUGGCAUCAGAACCUAUAAUCGUUCACGUUUUGGGGAAAAAAUGCGCCGUUCAUGACUGGCGAUUGCUCAUGGGUCCGACGAAAGUCACGGAAGCUCGUUUGUAUUAUCCUGAUAGUAUAAGAGCGAGAUACGGUAGAAGAGGCGAGGAUUUUAAAAAUGCUGUUCACGGAAGUAACACUCGGCAAGAGGCUGAGAAAGAAAUUCAUUUCUUCUUUCCUGAUUUCAUAGUCGAGCCUCUGCUGAAGAAUCAAAUAGCAGUGGAUUACUUGUGGGAAGUACUUAACCCUGUACUCGUAGAAGCACUAUCAACAUGCUGCAAGUUAAAACCUGCAGAUCCUGUCUUGUGGCUUGCCAAUUGGUUGAUUAUGAACAAUCCGAAUAAACCGAAAUUGCCGCAAGAUCUUGCCAUGAUUCCAUCGUGAAUAUCGAGAUUUAUAUUUUAUACGUCCGAAGACUUUGUUGUUUUUCGUAAAUUCUAUUUUCCUGAUAUUAAUAAACUACGUUUUAUCUCA